CGUGAAUUGACAUUCCGGAAGACAGACAACGAUCUGGGAUUUGAACGUUCUUACGUGUCACUCCCGGAGUUCAACCCACUGUGGAUGUCUCCCUAAAAAAUCGCGGACCUCAGAACAAAAACAUAAGAAGCGAGACGUGUGGCACAGUUCGCCGGCAGAGUGGUGGUUGAUGAACCUCGGUUGCCACGGUAACGGUCGCUGAAGACAUCAGCGAGGAUGAAGGCUUUGAUCCUAGUGGGCGGCUACGGCACCCGCUUGCGACCGCUCACUUUGAGCGUGCCCAAGCCGCUGGUGGAGUUCUGCAACAAGCCCAUCCUCAUGCACCAGGUGGAGGCCUUAGUCAAGGCUGGGGUGAAACACGUAGUCUUGGCGGUGAGCUACAUGUCCGAGCUGCUGGAGCGAGAAAUGAGGGUCCAGGAGCAGAGACUUAGAAUUCGUAUCUCGCUCUCACACGAGAAGGAGCCUCUUGGAACGGCUGGUCCUCUGGCCCUGGCCCGCAAGCUGCUGGACAUAGACAACGAGCCCUUCUUCGUCCUCAACUCAGACGUCAUCUGUGACUUUCCCUUCCAAGAUAUGCUGAAGUUCCACUGCGACCACGGCAAGGAGGGCACCAUUGUGGUGACUCGCGUGGAGGAACCGUCCAAGUACGGCGUGGUGGUGUUUGAGGCUGAAAGCGGCAAGAUCCAUCGCUUCGUAGAGAAGCCGCAGGUGUUUGUGUCCAACAAGAUCAACGCCGGCAUGUACAUAUUUAAUUCCAGCAUGCUCAGCAGAAUCCAGUUGAGACCGACAUCCAUAGAGAAAGAGAUUUUCCCCGUCAUGGCUGAAGAGGGACAGCUGUACGCCAUGGAGCUGCAGGGUUUCUGGAUGGACAUCGGGCAGCCAAAAGACUUCCUCACGGGAAUGUGCAUGUACCUGCAGUCGCUACGACAACACGCCCCUGAGAAACUGCGCACCGGGCCCGGUUUCCUUGGCAACGUUCUGGUGGAUCCGACGGCUCAGAUCGGCGAGAACUGCACCAUCGGUCCCAACGUAACCAUCGGUGCCGGCGUGGUAGUGGAGGACGGAGUGCGGGUCAAGCGCUGCACGGUUUUAAAGGGGGCCCGAGUCCGCUCGCACUCCUGGCUGGAGAGCUGCAUCGUGGGCUGGAGCUCCUCCGUUGGCCAGUGGGUCCGCAUGGAGAACGUGACGGUUCUGGGUGAGGACGUGCUUGUCAAUGACGAGCUUUACCUGAACGGCGCCAACGUCCUGCCGCACAAGUCCAUCAGCGAGUCGGUUCCGGAACCGCGUAUCAUCAUGUAGCCUCAAAAAAAAAAAAAACAUCGGCUUCUUCUGUGAACUCC